AUGCCUUUUGGACGAAUCUGUAUUUCGCCUUCGCCUGUACCCCGUGCGCCCAGAAGAGCCGGUACUCCCGUAAACUCGAGAGGUAACACUCCUGACUCUUGGGAUGCGGCUUGUGCUUCUCCACAAAACGACUCCAACAGUCGUUCUCCGUCGCCAAGAAUACCGCCUGGGGGAGAUUGGAUUUCUUGGGCAGAGAAGUUAGAGGCUAACUUAGCCAAAACGACAGCUGAGUUGGAAGUCGCCAGGCGUGAGAUUGAGAAACUGGAGCACCCACCACCGUGCUCAAAGUGUGCUGAGCUGCAGAAAAAUUAUGAAGAGUGCCAAGUGCACUUUAAUAUAUUGGUUGCAAAAAAUAUGCGUGAGACGGAGGCCGCUGAAAAGGCCCGAGUUGUGGAACGCAGAAGGAAUUGA